GUGAAGUGGGGCUGCUUCCCCAGAGGGCCACCGUGUGUGUGUGGAAGCCACGCCCAGGACCGCUGCAGUUCUCAUCUGCCAGCCUGCUCUGACCACUGACCCUGGGGUUGGAAAGCUUUGCCGCCCCCGGUGAGUCCGAGCGUCUGGCGUGUUCUUGCAGGAUCUCAGAGCAGUCAGCAUAUUUGUGAUCUGAUAGGCUCAGUUUUGCAAUUCCAGCAACGGAGAACAAAAUCUCCCGGAGAGCCCGGCGGCGGUAUUGUGCCGUAGUCCACGGUGGACACGUCCAAUUACUGAGCCCCUGAGCACCCAGCUGUGUCUCCAGAGCCAGAACAGUUGCUCCUGCAGGUGUGGAGCCAUGAGCUGUGUCCCGAGCGGCACCGUAUCCCUGGGGCUGGCUCUGCUGGUCUGCGGAGCCCAAGCCUUUUUCCUGCCCAACGUCACGCACCUGGAGAAGCUGCUCAGCAAAUACCAGCAGACGGAGCCUCACUCCCGCGUCCGGAGGGCCAUCCCCAGGACGGACCGAGAGGAGAUCCUCAUGCUUCACAACAAACUGCGGGGCCAGGUGUACCCGCCGGCCUCCAACAUGGAGUACAUGACCUGGGAUGAGGAGCUGGAGCGCUCGGCGGCAGCCUGGGCCCAGGAGUGCCUCUGGGAGCAUGGCCCCACCAAUUUGCUGGUGUCCAUGGGACAGAACCUGGCCGUGCACUGGGGCAGGUACCGCUCCCCAGGGUUCCACGUGCAGAGCUGGUACGACGAGGUGAAGGACUACACCUACCCCUACCCCCACGAGUGCAACCCCUGGUGCCCCGAGAGGUGCUCGGGGGCCAUGUGCACCCACUACACGCAGAUGGUUUGGGCCACCACCACCAAGAUCGGCUGUGCCGUCAACACCUGCCAGAGGAUGAACGUGUGGGGCGACAUCUGGGAGAACGCAGUCUACCUGGUCUGCAACUACUCUCCAAAGGGGAACUGGAUUGGAGAAGCCCCGUACAAGAGCGGCCGACCCUGCUCCGAGUGCCCGCCCAGCUACGGAGGCAACUGCAGGAACGGCCUGUGCUACCGAGAGGAAACCUACGUCCAAAAACCUGAGACGGACGAGAUGAACGAGGUGGAAACGGCCCCCGCCCCUGACGAGAAGCACGUCUGGGUCCAACCAAGGGUGGUCAGACCCACGAAGCCCAAGAAGACCCCUGUGGUCAAAUACAUGACCCAAGUCAUCCGCUGUGACACCAAGAUGAAGGACAAGUGCAAGGGGUCUACCUGCAACAGGUAUCAGUGUCCGGGAGGCUGCCUGAGCCACAAGGCGAAGAUUUUCGGGUCUGUGUUUUAUGAAAGUUCGUCCAGCAUCUGCCGGGCCGCCAUCCACUCCGGAGUCCUGGAUGACAAGGGAGGCCUGGUGGACAUCACCAGGAACGGGCAAGUGCCCUUCUUUGUCAAGUCUCAGAGGCACGGCGUGGAGUCUUUGAGCAAAUAUAAGCCCUCCAGCUCCUUCAUGGUGUCGAAAGUAAAAGUGCAGGACGUGGACUGCUAUACCACUGUGGCUCAGCUCUGCCCGUUCGAAAAGCCGGCCUCCCAUUGCCCGAGAGUCCACUGUCCUGCGCACUGUGGAGACGAGCCGUCCUACUGGGCCCCGGUGGUUGGCAGCAACGUCUAUGCAGAUACGUCCAGCAUCUGUAGGACGGCCGUGCAUGCCGGCGCCAUCAGGGACGACAGCGGCGGGUACGUGGACGUGAUGCCUGUGGACAAGAAGAAGGCCUUUGCGGGCUCACUCAGGAACGGGGUGCAGUCGGAAAGCCUGAGCGCGCCCGGGGAUGGGAAGGCCUUCCGGAUCUUCGCAGUCAGGCAGUGAGCGCAGCACCGAGACGGGCGUCCUCAGGAGGGCUUCGGGAUUUUGCUUUGGUUUUGAUUCUGUCAUUUGGGGUGGGUGGGUGGGGACACAGAGUCGGGAGCCUCCUGUGAGUGGUGUUCAGUGCCGUACCCUCCGUGGCCUUGGCCAGGGUGAAGUCCAGCCCUGCCCCCUGGAGCAAGGGCAUCCUCAGGGCCAUUGCUCAGCGGCCAGGCCUGGGGCCUCCUCCUGGGUGCCCUCUGCCCUCUCCAAGGGGACAGUUGCCAAGGUGCUCCUGGCCACAGGUUCUUUUGUGGGUGGAGGGGGAGGAUGCAAACCCUUUAGAGAGACGGAGGCGCCUGGGGCGUGGCAGGCCAGGGAGAGCUCGGGAAGUGGGGUAUAAAGUAGUUAUUUAAAAAUAAACAGCCACAGUCCGUCCGUACCAAUGGAGAAAACAUGGGUUUAGUGUUUGCUGGUCAGACAAACGCGCUGAACGAGAGGCGGCAGCCAGAGCCCGCGGUCCCACCGGGCGUGCGUGUGGCCGAGUGCUCGGCAGUGCUGGUGACUAGAGUUCAGCGGCUCCAGAGUUCGCCUGUGUCCGUCACUGCUUCGUCCCUGUGGCCCGUCUGUUUCCCGCUGUGACUUUGGUCUCAUUGAGGACUGAUGAACCAGGACUUUCCCGCGUGCAGCCUGACGCCCACCCCGCUGGCCUCGGGGUUCUCGCUCACGGCCCACUGUCUGAGGGCUGCCCCCUCGGCUCCCAGCCUGGGCGCCGCUUGUUAAGUGCCCGUGCGAUGUGCCAGCCCCUGCUUCGCUGACCCGUUUUUGAGCAGUGGGAGGAAGUUCCUGGGCACCUUCCUUGCCGAGGUUAGUGGCUCCGCCUGUGGUCACCCGGCGGCCAGGCGGUGUAGCAGCAGAUAUGGCAGCCUGGACGCACCUCCUUUCCUGUUUUUGUGAGUGCGUCCUGCCAGAGGUCCCGAGGCCCCGGGAGCAUGGUGCUCGCUGGUCUCCCUCCCUUGUAAAAGGUCUUCAUAUACCAGACCAGAAACCCCAGGUGAAAUGAAAUACCCUUUAGUAAACAGCGUCCCUCAGCGAAGGCGGAGUCCCACCUCCAGCCAAGGCCAGCCAGUACUCCACUUGGGUGAGCCCUGGUUUCAAAUCCGAUCCCUCUCCAGCAAAACCUCGCUUAGGCAAAAGAACAAGCAGAGAGUAAGCAGGAGAGCUAAGCCAGUCUGGCCAUGGAGCUCUACCUGGGCACCCAGGGUGGUGCCUUCUCUGUUCCCUAAUUAAUUCAGAAAUUGAAGGUUGAAGCCUUUUUUAAAAAAAAAAAACUUAGAGAAUUUGUAAAAAGCAAUUGAACUCUUGGCUCGACUGAGCGGAA